CUAGCCAGUCGUGCUACUCGAGCCAGCCCGAGUGCGACCCCCCGCCGCCGUAACUAAUCCGCGCCGCUUUUGUCUCUCAUAUCAACUCAGUCGUCACCUUACCAGUUGGGCAGCUCGAAGCAGCCUAUGUGUGACCCACCGCGAACACCAACGCCGCCGACACCACGACCACCAUCGCUAUAGCCAAGUAUGGACCACCACCACCACAGAAACCAUCGCCACAGCCAAGCACGUCCUCGCCACAACCGCGCAUGUAAUUACCAGCCGCAACCGUCAUCGUCGCCAUUCAAUUGGACUGAACAAUGCGAAGACGCGUUCAAAAAUCUAAAAAUAACCAUCACAACCACUACCACCACAAAGAUGGACAAUAAGAAGAUCGAGCGGCAAUAUAUUGAAGUGGCCAUGCGUAAGCCGAGCGCCGUCGGAGCCAGCCCAGCGCAACAUCGUCCACCAGCUACUCCGCACCGCAGCGCCACGGCCCCUUCGCAGCACCGCGGUCCCUCCGCAACGCCACAGGUUCGCACCGCAGCACCACGACGCACUUGGUGGCACCGCGUGCCACACCCGCCCCAGCCCAGCGCACAAACAGCGGAACAGGAUUUUUUUAACACUAUUUGAGUCUAUCAGACUCCAGAAAUCGAUUAGUUCAUAAAUUACAAUACUUCAAAAUAACAAAAGAAAAGACAAACAGACUCAAUAAACAAAUCAUAAUAAAAAUUUCUAAAAGUUAAAUAGUAGAUCGCGGAAAAUUCAUACGAAACUAUC